AUGUAGAACAUACAGAUCUAAUGAAGGGUGCCGGACUAAUCGUAGUUGGUUUGUUUUGCUGGUCUUGUUUCAUCAUUUUGCAAGCACAUAUAUUAAGAUCCUACCCUUCAGUGCUCAGUCUCGCAGCUUUGGUAUGCAUUUUAGGCUCCAUCGAAGGCAUCAUACUGGCCUUCCUAGUCGAAAGAGGAAACACGAAAAUCUGGUCAAUCUUCAACCCAGAUGCUAAACUUUUAGCCGUGAUUUAUGGUGGAAUGAUGUCCUGCUCAACCUAUCUCAUAAUGGGCUGGUUAAUAAAGAAAAGAGGACCAGUUUUUGUAACUUCUUUUAAUCCUCUGAGCAUGGUUCUCGUCACAAUUUUCAGCUCAUUUUUUCUAGCUGAGAGACUCUUCCUAGGAAGGGUUCUUGGAGCAGUUGUGAUUAUCAUUGGACUGUACAUGGUGUUGUGGGGUAAAAGCAAAGACCAACUUUGUUCAAAUUCACAAAACAGUCAAGACGACGCAGCCGCCGCCGCCGCUGCUGCUACCCAAAAUGGUCGACAAACGGUUGUAAUCAAUGAUGAUAUAGAGACUCUAAGCCAGUCCAAUAUGAUUGUUAAUGAGUGAACCCGU